AUGACGACCAUCUCGUCGCCUACAACCUGUGUGCCGCUCCUGGCGCCGCGUCGCGCGGGAGGAGCCCCCGCUGUGGCGCCGCAUCACCAUGCGCGGGCACGAGGGGAUCGCGCGCAGGCUCAACCGCGGCGGCAUGGCCUGCGAGGCCGUGCGGCGCAGCGCAGCGCGGGCCACUGCGAGGCGUUCUGCGGGCAGUACGCCGGGGACGACGGCUUCCUUAUCUACCUCACUGAACAGGCCCCUUGUCUAAAGAGCCUUCGCCUUAUUUCCUGCAACCUUGUCUCAAAUGAAGGACUUACGGAGGCUGUGAAAGGGCUCCCUCUGCUUGAGGAGCUCGAGCUCUCGCUAUGUCCUAACGUUGGUGGUUUUUUUGUGAGCAUUGACGUUUGUGGUUAUGAGGUUUACAAGUUUGUUAGCGAAGUAUGCCCACAGCUGAAGCACUUCAGACUGAACAAUGAAGAUUUCAACGUUACUAGAGAUUGGAACAAGAACAAGGACGUUGGAGGGAUUGCAGGUAUGCAUGGGCUACGCUCCUUGCAGCUUUUUGGCAAUGGCAUGGACAAUGAGGGCCUAGAAACCGUCUUGGACAGCUGUCCCCAUCUGGAGUCCCUUGACAUACGCCAUUGCUUCAACGUCGACAUGGAUGAGACUCUGCUCCUCAAGUGUGCCAAACUCAAGACGCUGAGGCUUCCUGACGACCCCACUGAUGACUAUGACCUCGAGAUUAAAACACCUAUCAGGAUGUGUGUGAUUGACGAUAGCCCUUGGUAUUCCGAUGAGUACGAUUCCUAUAGAAACCGGCUCCGCUCUCAAGAUUACCUCAACGACUCCGACUCCUAG